AUGGCCUCAGAAGUGGUCUGUGGACUGAUCUUCAGGCUUCUGCUCCCUAUCUGUCUGGCAGUUGCGUGUGCUUUCCGGUACAAUGGGCUUUCAUUUGUCUACCUCAUCUACCUCUUGCUCAUUCCUCUGUUUUCAGAACCCACCAGAACGACAAUGCAAGGGCAUACGGGACGCUUGUUAAAGUCCCUGUGUUUCACCAGUCUAUCAUUCCUGUUGCUGCAUAUCAUCUUUCACAUUACAUUAGCUAGCCUGGAGGCUCAACAUCGGAUCGCACCUAAUUAUAACUGCUCAACAUGGGAGAAGACAUUUCGUCAGAUUGGCUUUGAAAGCUUGAAGGGAGCAGAUGCUGGCAAUGGGAUCAGAGUAUUUGUGCCAGAUAUCGGAAUGUUCAUUGCUAGCUUGACCACAUGGCUCGUUUGCAGAAAUAUUGUACAGAAGCCAAUGCCAGAAGAUGCAGCCCAGUACAACAUGCAGUUUGAAAAUGAAGAAAUGGCUGGAGGAGAAAAAGCAGAUUCUGAAGAAGCCUUGAUAUAUGAAGAGGAUUUAGAUGCAGGAGAUGCUAUUGAAGGAGAAUUGGAAGAAAGUACAAAAUUAAAAAUAUUGCGUAGGUUUGCCUCACUUGCUUCCAAAUUGAAAGAGUUCAUUGGCAAUAUGAUCGCCACUGCUGGAAAAGUUGUUGUGACCAUCUUACUUGGUUCAACAGGUAUGAUGUUACCAUCUUUGACGUCAUCAGUAUAUUUCUUUGUAUUUUUGGGACUAUGCACAUGGUGGUCCUGGUGCCGGACUUUUGACCCACUGAUAUUCAGCUGUCUUUGUGUUUUGAUGGCCAUCUUCUCUGCUGGGCACUUGAUUGGACUUUAUUUAUACCAGUUCCAAUUUUUUCAGGAAGCAGUUCCACCUGGAGACUAUUAUGCAAGGUUAUUUGGCAUCACAUCAGUAAUUCAAACAAACUGUUCAAGCACUUGGAAGAUCAUAGUACACCCAAAGUUGUCCUGGUAUCAUCAUGCCAACCCCAUCCUAUUGCUGGUGACAUACUAUACUCUUGCAACUCUAAUUCGACUCUGGCUACAAGAACCCAUUGUUCAGGAUGAUGAAACCAAUGAAGAAGAUAAAGAUAUGUCUUGCAGUCCCAUGCAAAUCACUGCAGAAAGAAGGCGAAGUCUGUGGUAUGCAACCCACUACCCAACUGAUGAGAGAAAACUGUUGUCCAUGACCCAAGAUGACUACAAACCAUCUGAUGUCCUGUUGGUCACUGUGAAUGGCGCUCCUGUUGAUUACCAUACCAUACAUCCUACUCUACCCAUCGAGAAUGGGCCAGCCAAAGCUGACAUGUAUUCUACACCACAAUAUAAAUGGGAGCCAUCUGAUGAAACAUCAGAAAAGAAAGAAGAAGAAGAAGAAGAGGAAGAGGAAGAAGAAGAAAAAAGGAGCCAAGAGGAAAAGCCAAACGUUAAAGUUCAUGCCAUGGUCUCUGUGUUCCAGUUUAUUAUGAAACAGAGUUACAUCUGUGCCCUCAUCGCCAUGAUGGCCUGGAGUAUUACAUAUCAUAGCUGGCUGACUUUUGUGCUAUUGAUUUGGUCUUGCACUCUUUGGAUGAUUCGCAACAGAAGAAAAUACGCAAUGAUCAGUUCUCCUUUCAUGGUUGUUUAUGGGAAUCUACUACUGACAUUACAAUACAUAUGGUCUUUUGACCUUGAGGAAAUUAAAGAGGUUCCAGGAUUUCUAGAAAAAAAAGCACCAGGGGAACUUGCAUCAAAGAUUCUUUUCACCAUUACUUUCUGGCUGCUACUAAGGCAGCACCUCACAGAGCAAAAAGCACUUCGAUUAAAGGAAGCUCUUUUAUCUGAGGUCAAAAUUGGAAGCCAGGAAGAUGAGGAAAAAGAUGAAGAACUGCAAGACAUACAAGUGGAAGGAGAAGCCAAGGAAAAGGAAGAAGAUAAAGGAAAGAUAAAAAAGCACGAAAGCAAGAAAGAAGAAGAUCAUGAUGAAGAAGAUGAUGACCAGGACAUCAUGAAAGUGAUGGGAAAUUUGGUGAUGGCCAUGUUCAUUAAAUAUUGGAUUUAUGUUUGUGGAGGAAUGUUCUUCUUUGUCAGCUUUGAGGGUACAAUUGUAAUGUACAAAAUCAUCUAUAUGGUGCUCUUCCUGUUUUGUGUGGCCUUGUACCAGGUCCACUAUGAAUGGUGGAGGAAGAUACUAAAAUAUUUUUGGAUGUCAGUAGUUAUUUACACUAUGCUGGUGCUUAUCUUCAUAUACACAUAUCAGUUUGAAAAUUUCCCAGGCCUAUGGGAGAAUAUGACAGGAUUGAAUCAAAAAAAGCUGGAAGAUCUUGGUUUGAAGAAGUUUACUAUUACAGAGCUAUUUACUCGCAUAUUUAUCCCAACUUCCUUCUUGCUGGUGUGUAUAUUACACCUUCAUUAUUUCCACGACCGCUUCCUGGAGCUCACAGAUCUAAAGUCUAUACCUAGCAAAGACGACAACACCAUCUACAGCCAUGCCAAAGUCAAUGGUCGUGUAUAUCUCAUAAUAAAUAGCAUCAAGAAAAAAUUACCAAUCCACCAAAAUGAACUGGCGAAUCCAGAGGGAAGCCUUCCAGACCUCGCCAUGAUGAAUCUAACUGCAAGCAUGGAAAAGGAGGCAAUGAAGAAACUUGAAGAGGAUGGUCAGGAGAAGACAGAAGAGUACUAUGAGGAAGAGGAGAAAGGUGGGGAUAGAAAAGACAGUGAAGAUGAGGAGGAGGAAGAUGACGAUGGAGAAGAGGAAUCUGAGGAAGAAGAAGAAGAAACUUCAGAUUUAAGAAACAAAUGGCAUCUAGUAAUUGACCGCCUCACAGUGCUAUUCUUAAAAUUCUUGGAGUACUUUCACAAGCUGCAGGUUUUCAUGUGGUGGAUUUUGGAAUUACACAUCAUCAAAAUUGUUUCAUCAUAUAUCAUCUGGGUUACAGUAAAAGAGGUGUCUCUCUUCAACUAUGUAUUUCUGAUUUCCUGGGCUUUUGCUCUGCCCUAUGCCCAACUACGCCGUCUGGCUUCAAGCAUCUGCACUGUCUGGACAUGUGUGAUUAUUGUCUGCAAGAUGUUAUACCAGCUUAACACCAUUGAUCCUGCCAAAUUUUCUGUUAAUUGUACCUGGCCAAAUGAAAAUCAAACAAAUAUAAAUUUAACAUAUUUGAACACAUCCAUGCUCUACAGUGGUCCCAUUGAUCCAUCAGAGUGGGUUGGACUGAGAAAAUCUUCUCCAUUGCUUGCAUACCUCAGGAAUAAUCUACUGAUGCUAGCUAUUCUGGCCUUUGAAGUAACUAUUUACCGCCAUCAGGAAUAUUAUAGAUGUAGAAAUAACCUAACAGCACCUGUGUCUAAAACCAUUUUUCAUGACAUUACAAGAUUGCACCUGGACAAUGGACUCAUCAAUUGUGCCAAGUAUUUCAUAAACUACUUUUUCUACAAGUUUGGGUUGGAGACCUGUUUCCUAAUGUCAGUUAAUGUAAUUGGCCAGCGAAUGGAUUUUUAUGCUAUGAUUCAUGCCUGUUGGUUAAUUGCCGUAUUAUAUCGGCGAAGAAGAAAAGCUAUUGCAGAGAUCUGGCCAAAGUACUGUUGCUUUCUGGCAUGCAUCAUCACAUUCCAGUACUUUGUGUGUAUUGGCAUUCCACCUGCUCCUUGUAGAGAUUAUCCAUGGAGAUAUAAUGGUGCCAGAUUUGACAACAACAUCAUAAAGUGGUUAUACUUCCCAGAUUUCAUUGUGCGGCCCAACCCAGUUUUUCUUGUCUAUGACUUCAUGCUGCUGCUGUGUGCCUCCUUACAGCGGCAAACUUUUGAGGAUGAAAACAAAGCUGCUGUACGCAUCAUGGCUGGGGACAAUGUGGAAAUCUGUAUGAGCCUUGAUGCAGCAUCUUUUAGCCAACAUAACCCUGUGCCAGAUUUCAUUCACUGCCGGUCUUACUUGGACAUGUACAAAGUGGUUAUCUUUAGCUAUCUCUUCUGGUUCGUUCUUACAAUCAUCUUCAUUACUGGAACCACUAGGAUCAGCAUAUUCUGCAUGGGUUAUUUGGUGGCCUGUUUCUAUUUCCUGCUGUUUGGGGGAGAUUUGCUGUUGAAACCCAUCAAAAGCAUCCUCCGCUAUUGGGACUUGCUGAUUGCAUACAAUGUUUUUGUGAUUACAAUGAAAAAUAUACUGUCAAUUGGAGCAUGUGGUUACAUUGAGUCCUUAGUUAAAAACAGUUGUUGGUUCAUCCAAGCCUUCAGCUUGGCAUGUACUGUCAAAGGCUACAAAAUGCCGCUUGAUAACAAGGAAUGUAAAUUGCCCAGUGGUGAGGCCGGGAUUAUCUGGGACAGUAUAUGUUUUGCAUUCCUUUUGCUACAAAGAAGAGUUUUCAUGAGUUACUAUUUCCUCCAUGUGGUUGCUGACAUAAAAGCUUCACAAAUCCUGGCAUCAAGAGGUGCUGAACUUUUCCAGGCUACAAUUGUAAAGGCUGUGAAGGCAAGAAUGGAGGAAGAGAAAAAAUCAAUGGACCAGCUGAAGAGACAAAUGGACCGUAUCAAAGCCAGGCAACAGAAAUACAAAAAGGGGAAGGAGAGAAUGCUGAGUUUGACCCAGGAGUCAGGUGAAGGACAGAGUCUUCAAAGAGUGUCUGAAGAGGAUGAUGAAAGAGAAGCAGACAAACAGAAAGCCAAGGGCAAAAAAAAGCAGUGGUGGCGGCCUUGGGUUGAUCAUGCUUCCAUGGUCAGGAGUGGAGAUUAUUAUUUAUUUGAGACCGAUAGUGAAGAGGAAGAAGAAGAGGAAGAAAAAAAAGAUGAAGAACCACCAAGAAAGUCAGCAUUCCAGAGAGCUAUUGGGAAGUUUGCAUCAGCCAUUUUAGCCUUGCCAAAGUCUGUCAUUAAACUUCCCAAAACUAUUCUUCAGUACUUAAUCAGAGCUGCAAAGUUUGUUUAUCAGGCCUGGAUUACUGAUCCUAAAACAGCUCUCCGACAGAGAAGAAAGGAAAAGAAAAGGUCUGCAAGAGAAGAGCAAAAAAGGAGGAGGAAAGGAUCUGGGGAGGGUCCUGUGGAAUGGGAAGACCGAGAAGAAGAGCCAUUAAAAAAGAAAUCUGAUGGUCCAGAUAACAUCAUCAAAAGGAUAUUCAAUAUUUUAAAGUUUACCUGGGUCCUGUUUUUGGCAUCAGUGGAUAGUUUUACAACCUGGCUUAAUUCAAUUUCAAGGGAGCACAUCGAUAUAUCUACAGUACUGAGAAUUGAGCGAUGCAUGUUGACCAGAGAAAUUAAAAAGGGCAACGUUCCAACUCGGGAGAGCAUCCAUAUGUACUAUCAAAACCACAUUAUGAAUCUUUCUAGAGAGUCUGGACUGGACACAAUUGAUGAAAACUCUGGUGCUGUUUCAGACCUGAAAACAGCCCGAAGGAUGGAUAGCUUAGAUUCUCAUGACAGUAUUUCCAGCUGCUACACUGAAGCAACCUUGCUGUUCUCAAGGCAGUCCACCCUUGAUGAUUUAGAUGGACGAGAAACUAUUCCUAAAACAAGUGAGCGGGCCCGGCCUAGGCUUCGUAAAAUGUACAGCAUGGAUAUGUCCUCCUCAUCAGCUGACAGUGGCAGUUUAGCAUCAAGUGAGCCCACCCAGUGUACCCUGCUGUAUUCUCGCCAGGGGACAACUGAAACCAUUGAAGAAGUAGAAGCAGAGCAGGAAGAAGAAGUAGUGGGCCCCCUGCCUGAGCUAAAAGAUGAAGAGGACGAUGAGUAUGAUGAGGACUCAGUGGAGGUGGACCUCACCUCAGACGCCGAGUUGCCACAGUAUUCCACUGUGGAUACUGUGGAUACAAUGGAUACCAUGGAUGGUGAUGUAGAGCCCCCACCUUCCUAUAGCAAAGCAGUGAGCUUUGAACGCCUCUCCUUUGGCUCCCACGAUGACUCUGAUGACAAGAACCAUAUGGUAGUGAGUCCAGAUGACAGCCGGACAGAUAAGUCAGAGAUAAGCAUCCCGCUCCCUUUGACACAUGAGCUGACAGCCAGUGAGCUUCUCUUAAACAAGAUGUUUCAUGAUGAAGAGCUAGAAGAGUCAGAAAAAUUUUAUGUUGACCAACCUCGAUUCUUGCUCCUAUUUUAUGCCCUCUACAACACUCUAGUGGCCCGCUCAGAAAUGGUCUGUUAUUUUGUGAUUAUCCUCAAUCACAUGAUCUCGGCAUCCAUGAUUACCCUUGUCCUUCCUAUCCUUAUCUUCCUCUGGGCCAUGCUCUCGGUCCCUAGGCCCAGUAGGCGUUUCUGGAUGACAGCCAUUGUCUAUACAGAGGUGGCCAUUGUCAUCAAAUAUUUCUUCCAAUUUGGGUUCUUUCCCUGGAACAAGAAUCUGGAUUUCUACAAAGACAAGCCAUACCAUCCACCAAACAUCAUUGGGGUGGAGAAAAAAGAGGGUUAUGUGCUUUAUGAUCUUAUUCAGCUCCUGGCUCUUUUCUUCCACCGAUCAAUUUUAAAGUGUCACGGUUUAUGGGAUGAAGAUGAUACUGUUGACACUGGGACCAAUAAAGAUGACUCUGAUGAUGAACUCUCACUAAACACGGGAAGAAGAGAUUCCUCUGACUCAUUGAAAUCUAUCAAUCUCGCAGCAUCAGUGGAAUCAGUCCAUGUCCACUUCCCAGAGCAACAGGCGGCCAUCAGACGAAAGAGCUCUAGCAGCAACUCACACCUGUCCCACAGAUCGAGCUUCUCCUCAAACAGGUCCAAGAGAGGCAGCACCAGUACUCGGAACAGUAGUCAAAAAGGCAGCAGCGUACUCAGCAUUAAGCAAAAGAGUAAAAGGGAACUGUAUAUGGAAAAGUUCCAAGAACACCUCAUCAAAGCAAAAGCAUUCACCAUAAAGAAGACCCUCCAAAUAUAUGUGCCCAUCCGACAGUUCUUUUAUAACCUCAUCCAUCCAGACUACAGCGCUGUGACUGAUGUGUAUGUGCUAAUGUUUCUUGCUGACACCGUGGACUUCAUCAUCAUUGUGUUUGGCUUUUGGGCCUUUGGGAAACACUCAGCAGCAGCAGAUAUCACAUCUUCACUUUCAGAGGACCAGGUCCCUGAGGCAUUUUUGGUAAUGGUGCUCAUUCAAUUUGGAACCAUGGUGGUAGACAGAGCAUUAUAUCUCAGGAAGACUGUAUUGGGAAAGGUGAUCUUCCAGGUCAUUCUUGUGUUUGGAAUACACUUCUGGAUGUUCUUCAUCUUGCCAGGUGUGACUGAGAGGAAAUUCAGCCAGAACCUGGUUGCUCAGCUUUGGUAUUUCGUGAAAUGUGUUUAUUUUGGCCUGUCUGCCUACCAGAUUCGCUGUGGCUAUCCAACUCGGGUACUGGGAAACUUCCUCACCAAAAGUUAUAAUUAUGUCAACCUCUUCUUAUUUCAAGGGUUCCGCCUGGUUCCAUUUUUGACUGAAUUGAGAGCUGUGAUGGACUGGGUGUGGACAGACACCACUCUGAGCCUUUCCAGCUGGAUCUGUGUAGAAGAUAUUUAUGCUCACAUAUUCAUUCUUAAGUGCUGGCGGGAAUCUGAAAAAAGAUAUCCCCAGCCCCGAGGACAGAAGAAAAAGAAGGUAGUGAAGUAUGGCAUGGGAGGCAUGAUCAUUGUCCUAUUGAUUUGUAUUGUCUGGUUCCCCCUCCUUUUUAUGUCUCUGAUCAAGUCUGUUGCUGGAGUCAUCAAUCAGCCCCUGGAUGUCUCCGUCAAGAUAACUCUGGGAGGGUAUCAGCCUAUUUUCACUAUGAGUGCUCAACAGAGCCAGUUGAAACUUAUGGAGCCACCUUUGUACAAAGCAUUUCUAAGGAAUUAUUCAACAAAUACUAAUGCUAUGCAAUUUCUGGAAAAUUAUCAAAGAGAAGACAUAACAAUAGUAGAACUGGAAGGAAAUUCAAAUUCUUUGUGGACCAUCAGCCCUCCCAGUAAGCUGAAAAUGAUAAAAGAACUCAAGGAUUUUAAUAAUAGCUUCUCUCUUGUUUUUUCAUGGAGUAUUCAGAGAAACCUCAGUCUGGGUGCAAAAUCAGAAAUAGCAUCAGAUAAGCUUUCUUUUAACCUUGAAAAUGAGACCAGAAUUUCUAUCGCAAACAUGAUGUCUGACUCCAAAACAACAGCGACACCAGCGACUAUAAAAGGGAUAUAUCCAUAUUACCUCAAAGCUCCUAGUGAUGCCAAUACAAAACCCAUAAAGCAGCUUUUAAAAGAUAAUAAUUUUAAAGAUAUCACCAUCAUUUUGUCCCGAGACAAUAGCAGUAUAACUGAGAAUGAAUGGUGGGUUCUUAACCAGCUUGGACACAAGUUACAUAACAAAGAUACUCAAGGUUUGGAAUUGGUGGUAUUCAAUGACAAAGUUAGCCCUCCCAGUCUUGGAUUCCUUGCUGGCUAUGGUAUAAUGGGACUGUAUGCGUCUGUUGUCCUUGUGAUUGGGAAGUUUGUCCGUGAAUUCUUCAGUGGGAUCUCACACUCCAUAAUGUUUGAAGAGCUUCCAAAUGUAGAUAGAAUUUUGAAAUUGUGCACCGACAUUUUCUUAGUGAGAGAGACAGGGGAACUGGAACUAGAGGAAGACUUAUAUGCCAAACUGAUAUUCCUGUAUCGCUCACCAGAGACAAUGAUCAAAUGGACUAGGGAAAAAGACAACUGAUGCUGUGAGAUGCAAAAUGCAAAUAAAAUUGACAUUUAAUUUUUUUUAAAAGCACAAAAUUCUCAGAAGAACCAAGUGUUUUUUAGGUGGGCAUUGGUGGCCUCUCCCAGAAUCCACACCGCCUUUCUGACUAAGAGAUGAUAGUGAAGAUUGGUUUUGAUGUUUUUAAAUUCUGCUUCUAUCAAACCACGGGAACUUGAUUUAUAAUGUUGUCAGCAGUGUCUGGCAUUGUGGCCAAGCAAAAGAGCCAUAUUUAUGAAUUCAGAGAGGACCAAGGGGGAAAGGAACAAAAAGAAAAGCUGCUUCGUGGAUGGUUUAACUAGGCCUACAAUGGUGACACAGUUUGGGUAUGCAAAAUCCAGCUUUCCAUCGCUAACUGUGAAAAAGCCAUGAUGGAAAAUGAGGAGACCGCCAGCACACAAGCAGUGGGGUAUAUCAAUGUGAGGCUGAGUCUCUUCACCCUACCUGUUUCUGGCAAAACAGCUAUUGAUGCAUUGAGACCUCAAAUAGAGAAUAAGCCUCAUUCUAAGCAAAAAGAUAACCUUAGUGAUAAUCUCUUACUGCCUUAUUUUAAUUGAAAAAAAAUCAUAUGAAGAAAAUUUCCAUUAAAUAUUAAUGACUUCUCAGGAAAAAAACAAAAACAACAGUGAAACCCAUUUUGCUAAGAUCCUGCAGAUCGCUAACACCAAUGACGACGACUGUUUUAUGAGGUUAUUUGCUUCACAGUUACUGCUCCUCAUUAGACAUAGACAUACGGUAUAAAACAAGGCAGCCCAAUUAUAUAAGGAGCACUUUGACUUUAUAAAUCUUUAAUAACCGAGGUCAUAAGCAUUUUCCUGCCUUUUCCCCCUCCUUUAACAUGCUUCCCACCCCAUCCCCAUUUUGAUGAUUUAAGGCAAUGGUUUUUCCAGUAUAUGACAUUUUCCUUCCAGUUUUUCAGGUAUACCAAAGUGUUUACAUAUUCCAACUCACAUUUUUACAUCCAAGACGGGUUUUUUUAAGUUCAUAAUUAUGAAAGAAGUAUGUAUUUGAGCUUGGGGGAAAUAAAAUGGCCUUUUUCUUAAAUUAUUAUCAUUGGUGAUACAACCUCUUCAUUAAAGAACAAUGUAGCAUGAAAAUUUAUGAUUGAAAUGUAGUUUUCAUUACAUGUUAACUUAUGGUUUCAAAGAAGAAUCAUUGAGUAAACUGAGGUAUGUGAAAAGGUUAUUCUGGGUAGUUUGGAUUUGGGAAUGACACAGAAAUAAAACUCAUGUUGUACAGUCAUUUUAAAGAUACUCAUUAUUCUACCAUUUUGCAUGGAAUAUUUGAAAGGGGUGUGGGGGAAGUGUUUAUCCAUGACAUAUACCCAGGAAUGAAGAAACCCCAAUGGAAAUGAAGAAUCAGGUCUUUUCCUCUUCGCUGCUGUGUAUGAACAAUGUAAUAGGUUACCACUUAGCAAAUAUCAAGGUUCUAAACU